AUGAAAAAAGUGUUUUGGCGGAGUGCCUCUUGCAGUCUGCCGUACCUUCCCUCGCAGCGCUCUUUCCUUCUUCCCCGUCCCUGCGUGUGCCACAAAGAAAGAGUACGUAUCGGCUUAGUCAGAUUGACUGUUUGCUCGCUGGGGCGCGGCUCCAAGUCCACGUCCACCCGACGUCCCCUCCCCCUCCACCUCCACUACUCUCCCGGCCGUGUCAAUUUCAACCUCGAUCUGCCCGUGUGUUCUCCUCAUCUCAUUCUACGUUUGAUGUUUCCGAUCGCUCCUCGGACGCAAAGAAGGAGAACGCAGAAAAAAACCCCGCCACAGCCUGUUUCCUCCAGCACAUUUCAGCCCGGUCAGAAAAACCGCCCCCAUUUCGAGGUUGUACAGAGACGGCAUCCUCCCGCCGAUUGUGCCCCUCCGGAUCGCAUUCAUCUACAUAUCCGAGAUCGGGCCUGCAUUUCUUCAGCGAAUCCAUCCAUUUCAUCGGCAAUUAGCACACGUGUAGCCAGACGGUGGACCGUCAACCGUACCAGGGAGGAACAGAGAAGGAUUCCUUGGGGUGCGCGGCCCCUCACCGUGGCUCAGACAAAAGAUAUCCGUACGGAUAUUGUAUCCACCGCCCAACAUCCCGAUUGCCUAUUGUCCUUCGCCAUCGCGCCGCCGGAUGGGACUCCCGAAGACGACGAUCUGCUAAACGGUGAUAGCAGACGGCACAGCGAGCCCAGCAUCAAGCGUCGCCGCAUCACAAAGGCCUGCGAUUUCUGCCAUCGCCGAGGACGGAAAUGCAAGCCCGUGCCCGACGGAGGCGGGGUCGCCUCCGUCGCCAGUCCUGGUGGCACGCCAAGUUGUCUGACCUGCAUCGAACACGGCGCGACCUGCACAUGGAACCGUGUUGCAGCCAAGCGAGGCGUUAAAUCAAAGACGUCGCCGUCGUCUUCAGUGAAUAAUAAUAACAAAUCUCAAUCCUUUGACGAUGCCGAUGGCGAUAGGUGGUUCUACGACGAGAGUCGCCACGGGAGCAGGGCCCUCAUCUAUCGACUCAUCGUCAUCUUUUUUGACGCUGUAUACCCAGUAUUUCCAUUUUUCGACGAGGUGUCCUUACACAAGGAAUGGGAGGCAACCAGCCUGUCAUCUAGCAGGGCUUCUUUCGCCCGGCUAAUGGCCAUAUGCGCAUUGAGUUCGUGUCACGUCAGAGAUGGCGCCUUAUUCAACCCGGAUACGCCCACUCCUCUUCUCCCUGAGCAUCACGAGGCCUACAUGCAGGAUGCAGAAAGGGCGAUUCCGGAGAGAAAUCGCGACAUCCGCAGUUCCGAAGCCUUUGAGUAUUUACAGGUUCUUGGCACUUUAUCCCUGGCCGCCACACAGCUCAAGGACGACCCUCUAUUCCAUGAGUGCCUGGGCCGUUACCACACAUUAGUAGCUCAGCACACCUUCCAUUUUGAAGCGCGCUGGCCCUCGAAUCUUACAUAUCCGGAGAAGCAUGUAAGGCGGCAGUUCUUCUGGUCAAUGUACCGCCUGGAAGUCCAUGCAGCGCUGAUCGACGGCCAUGUGGUUCGGUGCCCCGAACUACAAUGCGCUGUUGCAUAUCCGCAGCAGGUCAACGGCCUAGCCGGGAUUAUAGAUGCGUCAGGGCAGACCGAGAAGACCCGAUUCAGCCAUGGCAGCUGGCUCACCGGCUGGAACUACAUCACCGACCUGUAUCGCGUACUCGAACACGUCAUUGUCCGAAUGCGCAAAGAUCGACUAAAGACGCUCGACAGAGGUCCAAUCCAACACGAACCACUUAUGCCAAACAUCGACGACAUGUUGCAACUGGUUCUUGGAAAGAAGAGCAAUCUUCCUCUAUAUGCCACCAGCGCUUAUCCGGCAUCCACAGACGUGGAGGCAAACCUAUGUGGGUUUCAAGUGGCCAAUAUCGCUUGUACCUUUCAGCUACUCCGGAUGGCGGCAUUCGCAUGCCACAACAAAUUUGAAGAUGCUUGUGGCGCUGCGCUUGAACUAAUACAAGAGAUUACUCUGGUGCCGGUGGAGUACUUGCGGGCAAUCGGAUAUCCCAUGCUGCAAGAGUUGGCAGGAGUCGCCCACUUGCUUAGUAGCUUCAUUGCCCGCCAAUUGGUCGACUGGCAGUACUACAAACUUCGCGAAGUCAUGACUUCCAUGGCCACAUUUCUUCAGAGCCUCGCACCGUCUCUUCCUUCAGCAAGCCAAGCAGGCGCACGAAUCUUUCAGUAUAUUCACAAACUAGAAGAGAUACUUCUUCGACAGAGCCAGGCAAUACCAACAGUGACAGCAGUACCGGCAGUAUCGGUAGCGCCGGUCAUGCACCAUCAGCCCGAGAUAACGAAUGACCCACGGGUCAUGGACUUGAUGCCCCAGCCGCCACCACAGCAGCAGCACCCAGGGUUUCUCGAGCAAUAUGCGUUACCAAAUACUUCCUUUUACAAUUUUCAAGCAGAUUUUAUCGGCAACAUGUGGAACAAUGCCUUCAAUGACGGGGCGGAGAUUGAUUGGGCCGGCGCAAUUGAGAGCUGGGGAACGACUUGA